AUGUUUUGGAGGUUCGGCGGUUACAAUGUUUCGACCAUCGAUACGAUCCUCGAGAAAGAGUCCUUUCAACUAGAGGAGCUUCUCGAUGAAAGCGACCUCAUCCAAGAGCUUAAGCAGCACAAUCCCAAACUCGUUGAAUACCUGCGCGAGCAGCAGGUGCUUGAGAAGCUUCUUCAAUAUGUAGUAGCGCCAAAGCUCGAACCUGUCGCGGCGCCAGAUGCCGAUGAGGAGGAGGAGCAAGAGGAUGACGAGAUCGGAAGGCCACCUGUUUUUCCCACCACCAGGUCUCGGUCGUCAUCACGAGCGACCGAGCCCAGCGGCCAGGAGGAAAAUGAAAAGAAGCGCAAUCGAUGCGCCUUCGUGGCUGCCGAAAUACUGUCCUCAGACAACUACUCUAUCCACGAGGCUCUUAUGGAAAGCAGACCCCUCCUCCGGAAUUUCUGGGAGUUCCUCAAGAGGCCGACGCCGCUCGAUCCUUUGCAGGCCAGCUACUUCACCAAAGUAAAUGAGUCUCUCUUCGAUAAAAAGACGGAAGAAAUGCUGGACCUUCUCAAGUCGUUUGAGGGAGCCAUUGCCGAUAUUUUGAGACAUGUGGACUGCCCCAUGAUCAUGGAUCUGCUGUUGAAGAUCAUCAGCUUGGAGCGCACAGAGAGCGGCCAAGGCGUUGUUGAGUGGCUAUAUACCCAGAACGUGAUGCCAACUCUUCUCUCCUUCCUCGGACCAGAGCACAGCUGGGCCACCCAAACAUCGGCCGCCGACUUCAUCAAAGCCAUCAUCACUGUCUCAGCCAACGCUUCCCAAAACGAACAGACGUGUAUCGGUCCGAACGAGCUGACAAGACAGCUGGUCUCCCGCCCUUGUGUCGAACAGUUGAUCCAGUACAUGCUGGGGGGUGGCAACCCACUCACGUGCGGUGUCGGCAUCAUCAUUGAGGUCAUUCGCAAAAACAACUCGGACUAUGAUCCCGAAGGCGUCGACGCCAACGCUCCUCCGUCGUGUCGCGACCCCAUUUAUCUCGGAACCCUUCUUCGCCUCUUUGCCGACCACGUUCCAGAUUUCAUGAGCCUGAUCAUGAACUCGACGGCACAAAAAGAACGUCUUUCCUCCACUUUCGGCGAUAAGAUCGAACCCCUUGGCUUUGAUCGCUUCAAGACCUGCGAGCUAAUGGCAGAACUUUUGCACUGCAGUAACAUGGGCCUCUUGAACGAGGUUGGUUCUGAGCAGUUUAUUGCUGCCCGGGACGCUCAGCGACAACGGUUGAGAGAAGAGGGCCGUUUGAUCCCUGCUCGUGGGGUUGAUGACACGCCAUCAUCGAUCGAGGAUCUGACGAUGCGCACGUCGCAGUCAUCGCCUGCUGAGGAGAGGCGGAAGCUUGAGGUCAUGAACAUAUCUGCCGAUGACGAUGGGUUUGAGGAAGUGAGCCAUGACACCUCGGACGAUGUUUUGGAGCUCCCGGAUGCCCCUGUGCCUACCCAAGCCCCAACAUUUUCCAUGCUUGAAAAGGACGACGCGGACUUUGUUGAUGAGCCACUCAGCUCACCAAGGCUGAACUUUAAGGAGCUUGACGCGGAAAAGAGAGCGGAGUCACCACCGGCCUUCGAGGAUCCUGAUCUGGUCGUCGCGCCUCUGUCGCCCACUAAAAAGGCAGCUCAAACUGGUGCAAGCAAGGAUCAACAGAGCCCACCCAAACCAGUGACUGACGCAAAAGAGCCGCAAACUUCGGGCAAGAGCAAGGAAAUCUCCACGGCGGAAUUGCCUGUGUUGAGCACCGAGUCCUCCGUCCCCAAGGCUCUUGAUGCUGCCGAUACGUUGUCUCCCCACCCUGGUGACACGCCGGCUCCUUUAUUUUCCAGUGCUACCGCCAAGGGUGAUGAGGCCAAAGAUAAGACUGAGCAAACGUCAGAGCCAUCGCCAUCGCCACCAAAGGCCGAAGCUGCUGAGGAUUCACCUGCCGGCACCAACGCCAAUGAGACCACGGGGGAAAUUUCCAUCAUCAUUGCCCCCGCCAGCGACAGCGCCACUCCUGCCGAGGGAGCCUCAACCGCUCCCCGGCCGGUGGUCGGCGACUAUCUCAAGAUGCAGUUUGUUCGUCAGGAAGUGGUGCCCACCAUCCUUCGGUUCUUCUUCAAGUACCCUUGGAACAACUUCCUUCACAAUGUUGUCUACGAUAUCGUGCAGCAGGUGUUCAACGGCCCUAUGGAUCGCGGUUUCAACCCGACGCUGGCCAUCAGUCUCUUCGAGGCUGCCGACAUCACCAACCAAAUCAUCAACGGUCAGCUCGCCAGUGAAGAGUCGCAGGCCCAACACAAGACACGAAUGGGUUAUAUGGGCCAUUUGACGCUGAUCGCCGAGGAAGUGGUCAAGUUCACGGAGCGUCACCCCCCCGAGCUGCUCAGCGAGGUUGUCUUGGACAAGGUCAUGGCGCAGGAUUGGAUCAGCUAUGUUGAGGGCGCGCUUGCUGAAACUCGCGAGCGUGAUAAUGCCAUUCUUGGAGGGGUCAGGCCCGAGGUUGCUAUGAGCAACCGGGCCGCCCAGUCUAGUUUGGUAGGCGUCGGCCUCAACGGACUGAGCUCAAUCGGGCUGGGGGGAAACAACUCCAACACUCUUGCCGAGGCUGGCCUGGGUGGCGGGUCAGACUUGGGUGACGGGUCCGGUGCCGGUGCCUCGCCGUUUGGGAUCAGCAGUGGUACCAUGAUGAGCGGUUUCGGCAGCUCGAGCGAUGAGGACGAGGACGAGGAGCAAGAGAGCGAGGAGGAUGUCAAUAACGAGUUUCGUGCGUAUACCGAUCCGUUGAAUGCCAACUCGUCCAAUUCCUUGAACCCGCCAUCGAUCCCGCCACCGCCGCCACCUCCACCACCUCUCAACAUUAUGCCUUCUAGAGCCCGUAUGCAGCUGGCGGCUCGCCUAGCCAAGCGGAAUGCGGCUGCGGCUGCGGAGAAUGGCGGGCAGGAAGGAAGCUCGUCCAACACGGACGACGGGACUUCGGAUGCCUUCACCCUUCCCAGCCUGUCAGCAAGCGAGCGACUGCGCAACCCGUUUGCCGAUGACGGUGACGACGAGGACAAUAGCAGCGACGAGGACAACCUCGACAAUGCCGAGGACGAGGGAGGCGCAAGCAGCUCGGCGUGGAACAGAGGUUCGUGGUGGAGAGGUGUCGUUGGCGGUCGCAGUUCAGGCAGGAGACAAGGCGAUAAUGAGAAUCAAGAGAAGGAACGCUUCGGCGACGGGCGGGAUGACACUGACGAUUCGGAUGAUGCCGUCCACGAAGACGACAUUGACGACGAGGAGUUUGGUGAUUUCGCCAUGCCCGAGGUUCAGUCGUCGGGAGCCAUGGUCAGCGGGAUCGAUCCUGCCAGGGAGAAGAUUCUUGUCAAGCCCAUGGCUCUUCACCCCAGUGCUGCCAAGAGCUCGUUUGGCAGCUUGUGGCCUUUUGGGGGUCAAGGCUUCGGUGCGAACAAGGAGAAGGAGAAGGAGCAAGAGAAGAAGACAGAGGGCGAGCAGGGGGCGUCGACGUCAUCGUCAUCUUCUACUGCCAAUGCCAUCACCGAGGAGCCGGUGGAACUUGGCAAGGAAGAGGAUGAGGGCGUCAUUGGAGAGGAUGGGCAGAAGAUCAACAGGGCGGUGGAGGCGAAGAGGAGAACGAGUAUCGAAGACCCGGACGACGAUGAUGUGGGUGGGGAGGAGAUCAUUGUGCAUAAGGGACCGGGAGUGCAUUAG